AUGUCAUUAAAUAUAAGAGCGCCUCUGUUUGCUGGAUAUCCCUUUCAAGGUCAGGGAAGGGUUAAUCAAUUAGGAGGUGUGUUUAUUAAUGGUCGGCCGCUACCAAAUCAUAUCAGACUAAAGAUUGUAGAGUUGGCCGCAGCCGGUGUCAGGCCUUGUGUGAUAAGCCGACAAUUAAGAGUAUCUCACGGAUGUGUAUCCAAAAUAUUGAAUAGAUAUCAGGAAACUGGUUCCAUAAGGCCCGGUGUUAUCGGCGGUUCAAAACCACGUGUGGCCACACCCGACGUGGAGAAGCGAAUUGAAGACUAUCGACGGGAAAAUCCAGGUAUCUUCUCGUGGGAAAUAAGAGACAGACUCAUUAAAGAAGGACUUUGUGAUCGCACAACAGCACCGUCAGUAUCAUCUAUUAGUCGACUACUGCGUGGACCAAAUAAUCCGGUUGGCGGAGGUAUCGGCACCGGUAAAGACAGUGAAAGUGUGGGCAAAGGCGGACACCAUAAGCACACAAUCGACGGCAUUCUUGGUGGAGAUAAAUGCAAUAAUGAUUCCGAUGAAUCAGGCGAUUCGGACAGUGAUGCCGAACCCGGACUGACCCUAAAACGAAAACAACGGCGCUCUCGGACCACAUUCACAGCCCAUCAGUUGGAUGAGUUGGAGAAGGCCUUUGAAAGGACACAAUAUCCUGAUAUCUAUACUCGCGAAGAGUUAGCUCAGAGAACUAAGCUAACGGAGGCCAGGGUUCAGGUUUGGUUCAGCAAUCGUAGGGCCCGUUGGAGGAAACAGAUGGGUAGUCAACAGUUGAACGGCUUUUCGGCGGCAUUGGCGACACUGCCAGCAAUGCACGCGUACUCGUCAUCGGCAGCCAAUCCCUACUUGUCGUUUGCAGCGGCGGCUCAGGCAGAUGCCAACCAUUACACCAAUACAUCUCAAGAUUGUUCAAAUUUACACCACACGGGAUCAGCUCUUCACCAUCAAAGUGAUGCCAGCACUCGAUCGGCACCUUAUCUAUCAAGUGAUGCCAAUUAUGCCGUUUCGGUUUCAUCGGCAGCACAGGUGCUAAAUAUGUUGAACAAUGGCAUCGGUGGUUGUGCCGGUAAUGUUAAUUCAAUGAAUGAAUACUCGAGUUCACUAUCGAUGAGCACCGGUAACGGCGGGAAUGGUAUGACAAAUGGUGUGAUGAGUAGCGGCGGCAACAUUGCCAACGAUCGCGACAAUAAUACAUCUAAUUGGGUGUCGAAUCACACAAAUAAUAACAACAAACUAAACAAUAACAACGCCGUCGGUGGCCAUUGGGGACACUCGACAAGUCCUAAUUGUAUGCCAAACAUGUUGGACACGGGAUCGUUUGGUACGGGAACAGGACAUAUGUCAUCCAUAGCCGCGUCCAAUACUACUGAUCCGUUUGGUUUUGUUACACACACUGACCUCAAAAAUCCAUUUUAUUAUUCGCAGUUCGGCUCAGGAAUCAGGGGCUUAGCCUUAUAA